AUGGUGCCAGGUCUCUAUACGGUGCCAGGUCCCUAUACGGUGCCGGGUCCCUAUAUGGUGCCAGGUCCCUAUACGGUGCCAGGUCUCUAUAUGGUGCCAGGUCCCUAUACGGUGCCAGGUCUCUAUACGGUGCCAGGUCCCUAUACGGUGCCGGGUCCCUAUAUGGUGCCAGGUCCCUAUACGGUGCCAGGUCUCUAUACGGUGCCAGGUCCCUAUACGGUGCCGGGUCCCUAUAUGGUGCCAGGUCCCUAUACGGUGCCAGGUCUCUAUACGGUGCCAGGUCCCUAUACGGUGCCGGGUCCCUAUAUGGUGCCAGGUCCCUAUACGGUGCCAGGUCUCUAUACGGUGCCAGGUCCCUAUACGGUGCCGGGUCCCUAUAUGGUGCCAGGUCCCUAUACGGUGCCAGGUCUCUAUACGGUGCCAGGUCCCUAUACGGUGCCGGGUCCCUAUAUGGUGCCAGGUCCCUAUACGGUGCCAGGUCUCUAUACGGUGCCAGGUCCCUAUACGGUGCCGGGUCCCUAUAUGGUGCCAGGUCCCUAUACGGUGCCAGGUCUCUAUACGGUGCCAGCGGCAGGGCUCUACUACCUGGCGGAGCUGAUAGAGGAGUACACCGUUGUCACCCGGAGAAUAAUCAAAUACAUGAUCUGGUUCUCCACGGCCGUGCUCGUGGGCCUGUACCUCUUCGAACACUUUCCCGGCUUCAUGGUGGGCGUGGGCCUCUUCACCAACCUGGUGUACUUUGGCUUGCUGCAGACGUUCCCUUUCAUCAUGCUGACCUCUCCAAAUUUUAUACUGUCCUGUGUGCUGGUUAUACUGAAUCACUACUUAGCAUUCCAGUACUUUGCUGAAGAGUAUUACCUGUUCUCUGAGGUUCUUGCCUACUUCACGUUCUGCCUGUGGUUAAUUCCCUUUGCUUUUUUUGUGUCCUUAUCGGCCGGAGAGAACGUCCUGCCUUCCACAGUGCAGCCUGGAGGUGAGUGCUUCCAAAGUCCUGGCAAACACCUGGUGCUUUUUGACGAUGUGCUAUUUUCAUCUGGUAUCCUGCUCAUCUUCUCUUUCAUCAAGGAGGCCAUCCUGCCCAGCCGACAGAAGAUAUAUUGAGCCCCACACGUAGGUGGUGUCGGCAGUGGUGAAGGAGCAGGGCAGACCCAAACUGUGCGGAGGGCUGCGUGACGGCUCUGUCCCCAAGCCUCACUUGAACCCUCCUCAAUGUCUCUUCAUGGGAUUUUGCCAGGAGUGUAUAAACUGUGCAAUGGCUGGAGGUGCCAGCAGCACUGGACAGAUGCGUGGGGAGGGCUAUGCGCAAAGGCGAGAGGUUGCCUUUUUAUACAGCUCUGCUGAUCCCCUGGGACUGUUUGUGAGGAGGGUGUUUUGUUCCAGCUGGGUGCAAGGAGGGCCCAACCUCCUGACGCUGUGCAUCCUGCUCAGAGACCUGUGAGGCAUUGUCAUCUGCUCUUAUUUAAAGCCAGAAGUCUUUGUAUGAUGUAGUUUGGCUGUGGGAAAACGUUCCCUCAGUAUUGCAGCAGAACGCAGUUGACAUUUAACUGAGGUUUACACAGAGCCUUUAAUUAAAAACAGAAUAAAGUAACCAAACUCUUGAACUCCCACGUAUUCGCGCCUGGAAGUCUGCCAGCGCUGGAGGAUGCUGGCAUCCCACCGCACUUGUUUGUUGCACAGCACACAUCCGUGAUGUGAAUGCGAUGACGAGGGCCAGCCGGUACCUGGGCGCAGAAGUGCUGCUCGGCCUUGCGUCUCCCAAAGAUGGCCAGGCUGUUAAUCUCUCACUGCUCUCUGAUGCUGUAGGAAGGUGACCUGGAAGGACUUGAUGUCACUUUUUGGUUUUUGUUCUUAAUAUCGGAAGUGCCCACUUCUGUCUUCUCUGGUUUUGCUGGAAGCCUCCCUUAAUGGCCUGGAAGCUGCUGUAGUUCUUGCUGUUUGAUUAAGGCACUGGGAAGCUGUGUUGCUCAGAGAACAAAUCUCCACUUAAUAUGGAUAGGUGUCAGGAGAGCAAGAAACUGAACAGCAAUCACCUCAGUCUCCACUGGGUUUCAUUUGCUUGGCAUUUUCAGUGCCACUAAAUUCACCAGACCUCCAUAAUCUCCACAAGACAAAAAGCAGAUGACCCUUCUGAGAAGGAGGUGGGAAACCCUUUGUUCCUGUUUCUUCUCGUAAUUAUAAAAAUCUUUUUCUUCUUUUUGUGUUUCUUUAUUGGUCACCUUCAGUCUAUGCCAGAAGUAAAUCUCUCCAUGUUAACCAGGAGCCAAGGCUGUUUGUGGUUGUGGCUGUAACUCCUCUGCUCUAGCAGCUCAGUUGCAGUCCUGAAAGGCUUUUUGAGGCAUCUGUGAGAAAACAGAUUGUUGUCUCCUGUGGUCAAUUGUGGCUAAAGGCAAAGAUGGGGUGCUUAUCCCUUAA